ACCACUAACAGAGGUUAAUGUCAUGAAAUAAUAAUGUUUGUAAUUCCCAAAGGCAAUCCAAGCUCUUCCAUAUAAUAAGGUAAAUUCCUUUCUUAACUUAAAAGCCUUUUCGAUCUGCAUCAAUAUAUCUGAAAGAAUGACGUCAUUAUUGAAUGCAGCUGUUCUAAUUUAUAAUAAGAAUUAUUAUUCAAAUUAAAGUAUUUUGGAAAGAUGGGAAAAUGGUAUUUCUAGAAUAAAAAUCCAAAUAUAUAUCCAUCACAUGGAUUUUAUCAAUGGUUAAUAUUUAAAGAGGUUGAAAGGUUUAGCAGAAUUUGAUGAACAUUUCAAUAUUACGUAACAGAAUUAUAUUAGUGAAAUUGCAGCGCGAGUAAUUUGAACAUCUAUGUUUAGCCAGAACUACCCACAUUCGCUGACGAACAACGUAAGCUAGAUUUGAACUGAAAGUUAUUUAGGGUUUAUUUAACAACUCCCUAUAUUCUCAAAAUAACCCUGAUUAUGAACCCUAACGUCUUUGGAUUUAUUCGAAAUGCCGUAUCGAUAAUAAUUGAACAAAACCAUAAAAAUGUCACAAUCCUUUUUUUUAUAAUGAUGUCAUGAGAAAUAAAUUAUUGCAAUAAAUCACCACUCACUUUUUAUAUCUUAUUAUUUCUAUUAGUAAUUAGAUCCUAAAACACAUUUCACUGCAGCAUGUUCUUGUUUACUUUUCUGUUGUUAUUUGCUUCCCUCCUUUUUAUCAUUGGCCAAGCCACAAACAAGCAUAUGAUAUGUAAAGAAGUAAACGAUGUAUUUAACAACAACAACGGCAAUUUUCAACCAUCAGCUAGGAGACUUCAAGGCCCCAUGGGAAAGAGAGGUCAACCUGGAUUAAAGGGCGAAACUGGACUCCAGGGUGCGUCUGGUCAGCCAGGAACAGUAGAUUAUGUAAGAGUGGCGGAGCUUGUACGUAUUGAAGUUGCCAAAGGAAUUGAAACAAAGAUGAAGGAUUUGGAGGGAAAAAUAAUGACUGUUUCCAAAAUUACCGAAGGGAUAAUUGCAAGAGAACUAGAACAAUGUGAAAGCCUACGGGGUGGAGUGAUGGUCGAUUCGAAAUGUUUUGUAACGGAAUUUCAUUCUACGCGAGAUACCACUUUGGCCGAGGCUGAGCAAAUUUGUAGGAACAAAGGGUUAAGAUUAGCUGAUAUUUCUACCGAACAUGAACACAAUGCGAUCAUGGAAUUAGUAAGAAACAAAAUUUCUGCUGGAAGAUCGCACACUCAUGUUUGGACAGGAAUGCAACGAGAUAAAAACGGAAACGCAAUUUUAUCGAACGGCCAAAUAUCUGGGUAUAAAAGAAUUCGAGAAUACUCAAGAGAAUAUUUAACCGCUGAAGCAAGACGAACUCACAUUUAUGUAAUCGUCAGAAAUGAUCUCAACAACGCUGAUCAGGGACUUGGAUCAAUCUGGCCAUCCUAUGACCUGGAAGGAGUCGUGUGUUCUGUAUAAGAAACGUGAAUUAAUCCAGUGUACAAGCAUUACGCCAGUAUAUACAGUUCACGGACGAUUACGUGACAUUAGUAUUAACUCUUUUUUUUUCAUUUAAAAACAGUUAUUGGCCCAUACUUGACUUUGAUACAAACAUAUAUUGUGUAGGCUACAUCGAUGUAAUGAAAUAAUGCAUGCAAAAAAUUGGUUUGUUUUUCUGCAUUUUUAAUCAUGAAUUAAGUUU